CUCGAUAUACGUUUCUGAUACAGCGGACAUUAUUUACCACCAGGAUCUCAAGCGGGAUGGAACAACAGUCUCGUAUGGACUCGUCUAUGAGAACGGCGUUCUUCAAUACUUCAACGGUCGAGGACAGGUUCUCGUACUACCGGAAAACAAAGCUGGCGCCGAGUAUUCAAAACUUGCUCCAGACUUCAAUUGCACGCAACCGAAAGACAGAACACUUCACGCCAAGCAUACAGCAGCAGAGGAUCUUGAUACUGUAGCCGUUAUUAAGUUAUUGGUGUUCGUCGAUUCAGCAGUAGUUGACAGAUUUCAAGAAAUGACGAAAAACAACGUUACUCAAACUCGUGACGACAUCAAAAAGUUCUUUGCAUUGUCGGCUUCAGAGAUGACCCAGAUGUUCCAAUCGCUGAAACAAUACGACAAUGUGUAUCAUCGAGGUGUGCAUUCCCCGACUACCCAGGACUUUGCCGUCGAGGUCGUGGCCGUUAUUCUCCCACCAACGGGAAAUGACUUUGCAUUCUCGAAGAACAAUGUUGACAUGACUGGGAGACUUGCAGGCGGCGCCCUCGAUGACUUUGGUGCCUUCGUGAGAUCAUUUGUGUCGACGGUCCCAUAUGACCAUGCAACAUUUGUUACUGGAUAUGACCUUGUGCUGGGUGAUGCUGAUCUUUUAGGCUACUCGUAUGCAGAUACCAUGUGCAAACAGUCAUCCUUCUCUUCCGGGUACCACACGUCCGUCAUAGAGUUCACGUCCACUAUCUCUCGAACAUGGGCGCAUGAACUCGGACAUGGAUUGGGAAUGCUACACGACCAGGAUGUUGGUUGCGGCGACCAGACCUACAUUAUGUCUGCAGGUUCCAUCAGUCAACUGUCUGACACGGCCGCAUAUUCGAAGACAUUUUCUACUUGCUCAUAUCUGAGUUUACAGAAGUACACGAAUCGCAUUUCUGGCGUCGAUUUGCGACCCAGUUGCUUCAUGCCAACACGCACUGAUGUCCGUGAAGGACAUUCUACGUCGAGGCAACAGGUAACAUGCGAACCUCUCACGGAAACAUGCGAAAGUCUCACGGAGACAGGCGACUCAAAAGCCAACAUGUGUAUAAUAGGUCGAUUUGAAACCAGCACUUUAUCCGCUAUUGCUUUUGAACCUGCAAAUGUCACUCCAUUGAAAAUGGCUCAGACCUCUUUCACAUGCCCAUGUGUAACAACAGAGUGUUGCCGAGGCGUGUUUCGCUCAACAAGACCAAAACAUUGCUGUGUUUCAAGCUGUGUUCGACUCCUGACAGUUUGGGGAGCUGAUUGCAUAUAUCGUCCAGGACAACCUCCACCAACAACAACAUCAACAACUAUCAUACCGACUUCAACAUCAACUCCAACAACAGCGUCAGUACAAACAACUAUAACUCCAACUGCGACAACAGCAACAUCAGUACAAACAACUAUAACUCCAACUGAAACAACAGCAACGUCAGAACAAACAACUAUAACUCCUACUGCGACAACAGAAACGUCAAUACAAACAACUAUAACUCCAACCGCAACAACAGCAACGUCAAUACCAACAACAAUAACUCCAACAGCGACUUCAACCAUGACAGUAUCUGUGACAACGUCUGUUACCACUUCUACUGUGACACCAACGCCAUGUAUAUGCUCUAAUACUGCGUGUUGUCGAGCAUAUUGGAGAGGCAAUUUCAAGAAUAAGCCCUGUAAAGACUGUGGUGGAUGCCGUCUGAUCAUUACUGUUUUUGGAGCCGACUGUGUAUUUUAAUCAUUUAAACAAUGGUUGCUGUUUACUUACUAAAUUGUAGCCUCCGUUCAUAUGAGUAAAUGUGUUUUGUGAACUUAUUUUUAUAUCGCAGAUGACGUGCACAUGCUAUGGUGUUAACAAUAAGAUAACAUUUGAACAAUAUAUAACCAGCGUCAUGCGAAAAAAGUUCUUAUUACAUAUGCGGCCAGCGUAGCUCAAGCCCAGCCUGCGCAUCCGUGACUUAAUGAUGGACAGGGUAGCGCCUGACCAGACUGAACGCAUGCUGGCCUGGAGCUACUGUGGCCGCAUAUAGGAUAAUACCCAGUUUCGCAUCUUCAAUAUUUGUGAACGAAUUUAACUUAUUUGUAAACUAAUUUAAAUUAUUUGUAAACCAAAAUAACGUCUUUAAGUAAAUAUGUAGUUUUUUGUUGCUGAUUACCUAACAAAUUAAUUUUUCAGUUAUAAAAGAAUACCAUCAUAAACAUUUUUGAAAUUGUUAAAAUAAAGUAAGGAAUAUAAAUAAAUAAGUGUCCAAAUACUAUUUGCGAAGCCCUAAACACAACUUCUGAUGUAACCUUUGUUGACAUUAUUUGCACAAAUAAAUACCCAACGUGUAUUGUUUUUCUUUUGAUGUUAAUUUCUUACUAAUUUUGCAUCAAUCACAUCUCGAACUUC